AUGUCCAAGAAACCACGACAGAAGAGUGGUUCUGCCGGUAUAGGCAGAUGGGAUUCGCAACUAGUCAAUUAUAAUCUAAACGAGGAUGAUUGGAAAGCAGCUUUAUUCUUUGUAGUUGGUGAUCGAACGGAAGAUUUUAAGCAUAUCAAUAUAUUACAUUCCGCAAUUGCUACCGGUAUUCGCAAACAAUUUUACGCUAUAUCUAAGGACGACGUUCUAAAUCAGGCUAGAGAAUUAGGUGGUAAAGUCAGAAAGGGAUCAAAUCGUGACCUACCACAAUUUGUCGAAAUCUGUGAGCAUGUUAAGGGAAUUCUGGAUAAUGGAGAUGAAAUUAGCCCUCAUUUACAAUCAAGAUUAAUAAAAUUUAAGCUGAUUCAGAUAAAGACUAAAGAUAUUGCUAAACGCGAAGCGGAACGAAAAGUCGCAGAAUUGGCGAAUAGAAACAAUGUGCGUCAAGAUAGGGUAGAUACGAAAGGCAAGAAACCUAUUUCUAGCCGAAGAAGUCGUUCUCCUGCUAAAAAGCGCGAUAUACAACGAGAAGUACCAAUGCCACUUAAGAAGGAAACUAAACUAAAGAGGCGAGGCGAAAAGGAGGAUAACUUUCAAACCAUCGAUGAUGAACCAGAAUAUGGACCUCAAGCUUACGUCAUUAUCCACGGCUUCAGUGAAUCUGCUGUCUUAGCAUAUUGCGCUGAAAGUAAUAUACCGAUUGAUGCCACUAUUAAAGUUCGGUCGGACGAUUAUGAAACAUUUGAACAACUUUAUAAAUUAGCUGAAACUUCAAAUGUGCAAAAUGUUACAACCGAAGAUCAUAGCAAGGAUGACAUUGAUAAACAGAUGGAACAAAAAUCGAAAAAAUUCUGGAAAGAACUGGAUUCUGUGGUACUGCAGUCCUUUGCUAGUGCCAAGUUACAUGAUUUAGCAUCCUUUGAAGUAGAAAUUAAAAAGUCUUUAUUCCCGGUUGAUUAUCAAAAUAUUGAAAAGAAGAAUGAAUUUGGGCUGAAAAUGUUUGAUCAAAUUGCUAAUAUAUGCUAUAAUAUGUUGCUUCGGCGUCGAGAAUACCAAGAAUAUCUAAAAAUGAUCAAUUUGAUCCGAAUUCCGACUAACAAUUCAGGAGAUCUCAACGGCACACAAAAUAUUGUUAAUGAUUCAGUUACCGCUGAUGUUGAUAUGCGUUAUUAUAACGAUAUUCUCAACUCAGUUCCAACGGAAAGUGUUACUGUGCCUUUAAUUAUGUAUGCCAUGUUGGAGCAGGUAAGCAUCGCGAUCGAUGAAAGCGAAAUUGCAGCUUCUUUAAAUAAUACAGCUUUUAAUUAUCCUGCCGCACCACCUCCAUCAACAGCAGCAACUGCAGUUACACGCGACGAAAAUGGCGCUGCAGAGGCUUCCGUUAUGGACUAUUUUGAUAAUGCUAUUCGCGGUUUGGGCUUAUCCGAGCCUAUCGUAAAGUCCAUAACAGAUAAUGCUACUAUCAAUGAUACAAGUGUAUGGUCGAAGGACAACAAAGUAGAAAUUCCUCCCGUAGUUAUUCGUCAUGGUGAUGAAGCAUUAAAACGUUAUUACCAUUUGGCUCGCUUAAACAAUAUUAUUCCACAUGAGGCGGAAUUAGAGAUGCUACGAAAAUUACCAGUUGCCCGCCUCUCGCAAUUUCAGGUACCUUCUCAACGUUGUGUUUUGGAUCGAGCUUCAAGAGCUCAUCAACUUCAGCAUUUUUGUACAAAAGUAUCGCUAACUGAAGACUCACUUAAUCGCAUCUUAAAACAAGCUACAUUUGAAAACGUUAGCUUAACUAGUGUUGAUGAUCAAGAGAUUGUUCAGGACAGUAAAGACGUUAAACCUAUCAUUUUACCUUGGGACGAUCCAUAUUUAUUUCCCACUCAAAAUAAUGAUCAUCAUUUGGAUGAAAAUCAGCAUGAUUUCGACAAUUGGCUUUACGCUGAACACUAUCAAGCUGAUAGCAUGGUACAGGUAUUAUGUGAAGCUCAGGAAUUAAGAUCGCAUGUGGACACUUAUCAUAAUCGACGCGAUAAUACUCUACUUGUGGUUAUGCAUAAUCCCAUUGGUAAACGACAACAGCACUUAACUAAUUGGGAUUACAGCUUACACUCCAAUGUUGGCUUUCGCAACUAUCUAGAAUAUGUAGCUAAAGAUAUUGGCGAUAUUGUAUCGGAGAAGGUACAAAAGGAAAUAGCAGCCACCGAAGCAUUAAAUACUGCUCAAGCCGAAACCGUAUCGGUUGUUGUUCAACCUGCUAUGCCUUUACCGCCGAAGCAAGAGCUGAUUUCACGAGCAAGUAUUAAAGAAGCUGAAAUAGCAGAAAGUAUGGAAAGUAGUAAAAGGGCUAGAACGAAGCGCAGUACUGCUCGACGAAGUCCACAUACCGAACAAAGAAAAACUCCAGAGCGACGUACGCCUUCACCACAAUUUGGAAAUUCAAUGAACAAGAAGUCUGUGUCUAAGUUGAAAUUGCAAACUAAAAACGAGAAAUUAACUGAGAAAGAAGCACAAUUUCCAUCUCAUGGUACGGGUAGUAAACGAGGUGCUAGCAAUAAUCGGCGUGUUAGUUUACCUGAAUCUGUUAAAAGUAUGACAGUGGAUUCAUCAGUACGAUCAGAAACACCAGUUAAAGAUGAGCUCAAUCGAGAUAUUGAUAUCGAAAAAACCGAUGACGAGUGUGAAGAAAAAUUCUUAGGUUAUGAUCUCGGAAAUCAAAUGGUUCGAGUUUCUGGUUGUCAAGCAACGCAGUUGCCAUGCGAUGAUGGCUUAAUACGAUCAGAAAGGACCAGUUAUGUUCACGGAACCCUGUACGUUAAAACUUCAGUGUAUAAAGAUGGUCAUCAUUUUGUUGUCCACGUUGUUGACCCUCAUAACGAAGAAGACGAAGAAUCGAAUAACGAUGGAAAUACUUCAGAGCACAAUAAAUCUCAUGAUGCAGAUAAUCCUGAGAUGAAAGAUAGCGGAUUAAUGAAUCAAGAUAAAAAUGCUCAGGAUGAUCAAAAUCAGCCUAUACCACCUUGUAAGUUUGGCUCAUUUAUUGCUCAUCUUCGUGACGGUAUUACUAUUUCCUAUAGCCGAUUUGGUGGUCACGGAUCUCAUACUGCAGCUCCUACACCAACCAUCUCGCCAGUGAAAAGUCGAAAACAUAAUCAAGACAAGCAAGAUAGGCAGCAACAAUCACAGCAAUCGCAAUCGCAACCGACACCGUCAGCAUUUGAUACAUUCAUUCAUCAAGAUAGUAGAACAGAAGGUGAAUUAAAUAAUCCUACCUCUAAUCAUAGUUUCAAAGAGCAAGUUAAAGGUUUAUUUAUGUCCUGUCCUGAUGGUCUUCAUAUUCAAGCAACCGUUAAUGAUAAAUUAAGCAAUGAAGACGGUAGUAGCAACAAUAAUCUUGGCAUUAUAGUUCGCCAGUUCUAUACUGACAAAUCGAAUGGCUAUCAUGUGUGUGAAGCACUCAAAUCUCAAAUAACGAAGGAGGAAAUUGGUCGAACAUUUACUCAUGACGGCAAUGUCAUUAAGUUAAUGGUUGAUGGCAGUAUACAGGUUUUAAUGCCACAUGGUGUGAUAUGUAAAUCUGCUAGUGGUAGCAUUAAUUUUCCUCGCACUGUUACUACAGCAAAUGGACAGAAAUCAAGCGACGCCGUACCUAAUACACCACAAAAGAAAACAAGUUCACGUAGUGUCUCUAAAAAGGUAUCUAAUAUUUCAGCUGUUGAUCAUUUCAAUAAAAUCGCAUUAGAAAAGUUCAAUCAAUGGGAAGUGAUUAGUCCGGAAGGGCAACGUUAUUCAACUCGAUUAGAUUCAACACAGCAUCAAUUAAUUGAUGAAAUUAUCUCUACCGUCAUGUCUGAUCCAAUCACUCAUCAACGUGUUAGAGUAAGAGAAGACAACGUUAUCAUUUCCAACCAUGAUAAUGGUAGUUCAGUUGUUGAAUAUCCUGAUGGAACAAGGAUUCAUACGUAUUAUGAAGAACGACUAAAAGGACGUGAUGAAGAUGGUAAUAGGAUCACUGAAAGAAUUAAAUACAGAAAAAUUGAAUGCAAUGGAUAUGCCGGUGUAAUUUUUAAUUGUAGUGACGGUUCAUGCCAAAUUUUAUUUGCUACUGGAACGAAAGCUACUGUACAGGUUGAUGGAAAUCAUAACUUAAACUUAGAUGAUGGCUCUCAAAUUGAAUUACAUAAUGAUGGUCGGACAUUAUAUCAACCAGCAUCGGUUCUUAUAGCUGGUACAUUUGGAAAAGAAGUCGGUGUAGUAGGUGUUUAUGAAAUGCAUCAUGCUUCAUCAAUCUGUUGCCAUACUGUUGACAGCCGUGGCAAUACUUUUAAAGUCUCAUCGCAAGGAAAAGUUAUUGUUGAUUUCGCUAAGAGUCCUGAAAGUGACGGUGAUCAACUUAUUAAUCCACUUAUAUUACCGCGAUUAUUUAUCUUGAAACCUGAUGGUAGUGGUGCUGAAUUGAUGAAUAUCCAUUUAGUUGAUAGUGAACUAAACAACUUAGCAAUGGAUAAGGAUAACAUUAUCAUGAAUGAAAAUAUUAGCAAUCGCUCUAAAGCUUCAUGCGUUACAAUAUUGCAACCGCUAGCUAAUGUUACUUUAAAUCGUUGGACAGCACCACCACAAGCUCGAGAAUCUAUCAUGGCCUCAUUGAGAGUGAAUUCUUUCCGUGUAGAUUCUACUAUUGCGGAUAUCAAACAAGAAAUGCGCCAAGCAAUCUUUGGUCAGGAAAAUGAUAAGAAGAAAGCUGCUUUGCAUAAGAAAAAGAUACAUCCAAAUGGCGUCGAAAUCCGCCACUUAAUACGAUAUCCGAGAAUAUCAAAGAAAGAAAAGAAAACCUUAUUCAAUUGUCUAAGUGAAUAUAACGAAUUCGUUAAUGAACGUGAAAUCAAUGCCGAUCAAUUAUUACCUCAGGAUGAACGAAAUUUAGAAGAGCGUUCACAAGCGUCUGAUUUUACAGUCAAUUAUCGCAGUCAAAGUCGAUAUCAUACACAACAAGAAGAAUUGAAUGAAUUUAUAAGUGAUAUUAUAGCAAAUAGUUCUAAGCCUGAGUUAUCUGAUCGCGAUAUUAUUCAAUUAUAUCUUCACGCCAAAUCACCAUCAAAAUUAGAAAAACAACAAAAACCUAAGCCGAAAAGAACACCAGCAGAUUGGCAAGCUGAUAGAGAAGAACUAGCUGCUGCUGAGGCACGUAAAGAACAGUUGAAGUCUCAUCAUAUCCCUCCUUAUUUUCAUACCGAGAAGGGGAAAGAAAUUUUAGAGUACAUUAACGAACCUAAUAUGACAGCAUUGACAAAAGAAUUAGCAAAAUCGCCGCUGAAAAGUCAUCAAGGCGACAGAUCGUCUACUGCGUUAUCUUAUAUUUUAGAUAAUUUAAAACUGGAUUCGGAACAAACUUUACCUAAUCCUAGCGGGAUUGCGGGUGGUGAUGAUACCGGUGUGGUUGAUCUAAAUGUUACUAGUGAAAAUAAUCCAGAUAAUAAAGAUGAGGAAAGCAAUACAAAGGUAAUAUCCAGUCUUGAUGUUAGUUAUGAGGAAGCGCGACCGAUAGCACCAACACCUGGAAAAGCAGUGAAAAUGCAUACAAGUAGCAAAUUUAAUGAAGUCGAGCAUCAUAGUACCACCAUGAGUCCAUCGCGCCCCGCUAAUGCAACUCCUAGUCAAGCAAGUGUUUAUCCUUCUACUGUAGCUAAAUUUGCCGAGCAGGAUGAUGCAAAAUCUAUUAAUAAUUCUUUGAGAGGUGAUGUUCAAUCGGCGCCAUUAGAGCGUAUUACGGCAGCUACUGAAUUAGAAACAGCAUCUCCUGACAUACUUACUAUGCAUAAUGGGAACGAAUUUAAAAUGCGUAAUUUAGUUUCCGAGAGUGAUGCUCAACGUAAUAUUUCCACAAAUGAGAGUCUUAGUAGGAGCAGUCAAUCUCGUGUUAGAAAGCCUGUAUCGGUCAAAGGCUCUAGACCUGGCUCAAUUCCCAAUGAGAAGUAUAUGAAAAUAGAAAGCCCAGUUCGUCGAGAUGUCAAUACAGCAUCUGUCUCUAAUGGCAGACAAUCACGUGCCUUUGAAGUUUAUCCUGACUGUGUGGAAUUUGGUGUCUUGAAAGAAGGCUACAUGUACAGGAGUACGUUUUUACUUAAAAAUAUUGGAGUUGAUGUAGGCAGAUACAAGAUUACUCAACCCCCACCUUCAACCGGUUUAAAGGCUUCUUUUCAACCAGGACCCCUCGCUGUCGGUAUGACUGCAAAAAUAAUAGUUGAUAUCUAUGCAGUUGCGGUUGGCAUUGAAGGUGGCAAAGAUGGUGCUGGUUCAGCAAGAUUAACAUCAACCAAGACUUGGUAUCCCAACUAA